CAUCUUGCAACUUUUAGCCUUCCAACAUCUCCAAACUCCUUAGUUUGUACGCAUUUCUGCUUUCAGUUCUCUGGAUAUGGGCUAAAUGUUUGGAAGCGGUCGAUGAAUAACUAAAUACAUGGGUUCGUCGAGCUCCACCCUAUUAAAAAAAAUCCCAAACGUCGACGAGUUGAUGCAAGAAACGGGCGUUUCGCCUGCCCACAUUAUUCGCCUGUAUGAACGCUUUGAAGCUCUGGAUAAAGAACGACGAGGCCAUCUCUGUCCACAGGAUUUUGGAGCCAUAAAGGAGCUGGCAAUGAACCCCAUUGGAGACAGAAUAAUAGAUGCCUUCUUCUCCCCAGGAAAGGACACGGUGGAUUUUCACACUUUUGUAAAGAUCCUGGCUCAUUUCCGGCCCGUUGACAAGGAUCGACCCAAAGAACCCAAUUCUCCUGAACCCAUCAACAGCAGGAGCAACAAACUCAAAUUUGCGUUUCAGCUGUAUGACCAGGACAAGGAUGGCAAGAUUUCCAGAGAUGAGCUUUUAAAGGUUCUGCGGGACAUGCUGGGACUGCAGGUGACCGAGGAACAGCUGGAGAGCAUUGCAGACCGAACGAUACAGGAAGCAGAUCUAGACCGUGAUGAUGCUAUAUCUUUUGAGGAGUUUCGCAAGUCUCUAGAGAAGGUCAACAUUGAUCACAAGAUGAGCAUUCGCUUCUUGCGCUAGACUGGGAAAGCUUCUACAACUUUCUAUGGCUCUGGUUCUCAGUAAAUGGAAGAAAUAUCCUACAUGCACAGGACAGUCUUUUCUGUCUAACAGGAAUUUAAUGCACUGAUUUUGACUGGCAAAAACUGCAUAGAUUUUCUCUACUAUUUGGAAGACU